AGUGCGCGCGAGAGAACCAGCGAGCGGGAGCGAGAAAAGUGACUGUGACCGCCGUCUUUGUUGCUCGCGUAGCGCCCAGGCUGUGCCAUCUCGCGGCUCUUCUGUAUCAAUUCUCCAGCACGUUACUCCGCUUGGUGAUAACGGUGAUAAAGGCCACAAUACUUAAGCCGCAGCAUCCCCGCGGAACGAAACCAUUGCCGUGAAAAUGAGUGCCAAUGUGUCGUGUUUUGUGCGCCUAUCCAGCAGCAUGAUGUCACACUGUGCCAAGUGUGGGCCAAGCAGAGUCCCGCCUCAUCCGCGGAUUAGUGACCGGAUACGGGGAGCCCGCGCUUCGUCCGGCACGGCCGCCUGCUACUACUACUACCCACGGCCGACGCCGCAGAAGGAUACCCGAAGAAGUGGUAGCGGCCUUCUCGGAAGCUGCCGCGCAACGGCCGCGUCCAACUUCCUCCUGCGAAGGGGCGAGUUCCCGCGGACGUACACACAAGCAGCGUCAACACUCACCCGAGAGCAGCUACACGAUUUGGUGUACAGGCUAAACGAAGAUGAAAGGGAAUUGCUUAUGAACACUCUGAAGCAGUUCGAGUCGAACAAAGUGAAGGCAGAGUUUGAAGGGCAGUUGGCAGCAACCGUUUGGCGAAGUAGAUUCGGCCGCCCGGCAAAACUAAAACCUGUCCUGGGAGAUGUAGAUCCUACCGGUUCCUACUGCGCUGUACCGGAAGAUUGGCUGCAGAAAAAGUUCGCUGAAACGGUCCCACCACCAGCAACACCGGCCCUCAUGAAACUUGGAUUGCUCAACGCUCUGCCUUUCAUCGGGUUUGGAUUUCUGGACAACUUCACCAUGAUCAUCGCGGGUGACUACAUUGAGCAUACGCUCGGAUUAUUUAUGUGCAUAUCGACCAUGGCAGCGGCCGCCCUGGGGAAUACUAUAAGCGACGUCAUCGGUAUCGGCUCGGCGUUCUACGUGGAGAAGCUUGCGGAGAUGAGCGGCGUGAAGCCGCCGAAGCUGUCCCCGAUUCAGCUGGAGAUGAAAUCUAGUCGGAGAGCGGCAAACUUGGGUCGAGUGGUUGGCAUUACGGUCGGAUGUCUGUUGGGAAUGUGUCCUUUAUUAUUCAAGAGCGAUGAUAAAGAAAAGGAUAAGGACAAAGAGAAGAGCAAACCGAAGGCGCCGACAAAGGACAACCAACCGGGCGAAGACGUGGUGGUGGUUGUGGCAGAAAAAUAAGGCACCUCUAGCCCAGCGAGCGAGAGAAAAGGAAGGAAAUCCUGCGAUUAUCCCGUUCGGGGAUUACCACGGCCGGUUGUGUGGUUUUGGGUCAAUUUGGGAUGGUCGAUGUUGCUGCAUACACACAAACGUACUACACUCUGUCCCACAGCAACGAGAACCGUAAAUUGAAUUAAGCGGUUCUGCUUCAGGAAUGGUUAACAUUUUACGUUGAUUGAGUGAGAGCGACCGAGUUUCCUUGCUUCUACAGCAUUCCCGGUGCCGGCAGUGUCGGGAGGACGAAAAUCUACUCUAGCGUUACAAGACACCAACUGUUGCAUUAGUUUCGUUCGAUUGUGUAAAUAUUGUCUGUGUCUGGUUGGUUUUCGAUUUCAUCGCGAAAGCACUAACCGAGCCAUGAAGUAAACAAUAGGGACCUUCUACGGGUUCGGCCAGCGGUCUGUUGUCUCAUCGCUUCCGGCAACACUAGAGCGAUUCAUUAACGAGGGGCGCUCAUUAGCUAUUGACUAGCCAAUUUAUAGGUGAUGUUAGAUAUUUAUACUUCUGCUAACGCUGUUAAACUUUUGAAAUACAAUUUAGUGCGUCACAGUUUAAAACAAUAUGUUACAACCGCAUAGCUCGACUUCGCCGCUACCCUACGGCAUGCUUUGCAGUCUUUUCUAACCACACUAGAAGUUCGUUAAUGAAAGGUGUUUGAGUUUUUUCGCAUAAUAAAUUGUUAAUGACUCUUAGAAUCGUUACCCUACAUCGGAGAGACUAGUAAAACUAGUCGAUUUAUCUAAUCUACUCUUAACGCAAAUUAAUCUAUAGAUAUACUCCAAAGGCAUUCCUUAAUGCGAAUGUGUAGCAUAGCUUUUAUGCCGAGUUUGGUUCAAGAUGAGACGAUGCUGUCUGAGGUUCAAGUAAAAAGUAACGAUGAAAUCAAACAGGGCAAGUCCAUAGCUCUCUUUCGCGCUGGUUUACCAAAGUUUCCCAAUAUUGCAAUACAUUAACCGAAACAAUUUCAAAUCUACAGCCAACCGUAGCGAGAAACUUUCAAUGGAAAGCAAAAUAUUUCGAAUUAUACUUAAUCAUAUAUUACAAUGCGGAAAAUGGUUGCAAUCGGGUCCAUGAAAGAAAGAAUAAUGCAGGAAUAGUUUAGUCGAUUAGAAAUAGUAGAUAUCGUUGGAAAUAGCUUUCUGGAAAUCAGAGACCAAUUUGUCAUAUAUUCGAUAGACUUAAAAGGGAAACCUCAUGUACGUCAAAAUAAUAAUCUAGCAUCGUUCUCAUUGUUUGCCGAACUUCGAUGAGCAAAAGAAACCAAUUUUAUUGGACGCGUGUGCGAAUGUUGCGAUUUUCAUACCGGUCGUUCAACGUGUGGAGAUCCUAACAGGAUUCGAACUCCUGUUCCGUUGAACACUGCUAGGAGUAUGUAGAAAAUAUUGGAAACACUUCUCAGUAGAUCUUAAUUCCAAAAUUAUGACACACAAUACGCGCGCGAAGACCAUGAAGCCCGAACGCUUUAGAAGUAGCUCCCAUUGUCUUUCUAGUGAAAAUUGAUGGCUCUGAACAAAAUUCUUCCACGCACUAAGCUCCAAACACGUCCCGUUAACGACGGGCUCGUGCAAAUCCCUCCAUUUUAAGCACAAUAAUAUUCUAAACUAAACGCUCUAUUACUUAUACCCACCCUGGCCUUACGUACUGCUACGGAAUGUGAAGAGAUUUGAAAAAUGAAGCCGAAACGGAUCGUCUAAGGCGUGAACUAUUUUUCUACAACUGGCAGCGCAGUAAUGUGUAGUAGUACCAAUAGCUUCCCGUUUAGAAUACUCGGCACAGUAUCUGACACUGUCAAUUGACUAGCUCCCAAAUACCCCAAAUCCUACAUCGUCUUUCAUACCUGUACGCGGUGUCCAUCACGUGAGAAUAGAUACGAAUUAAUAGUGUAAAAUGAUAUAUUAAAACAGCAUAAUGCGAGCGAUCGAUUAGCAAACGAACGAAAAUACCAAUCGAAUACCAAUCAUGGCGGAAACUUUCAACUUCAAGUGUAGUAAUAAUAGAGUAAUUUGAGGGUAACAACAACUUGUACUUGAAUAUAGAUGACGAAAAAUUUAAACGACGUUAUAUAAUUAUGCAAAUGCUGUAACAUGCUUCUUCCAGUUUUACUAGUGGCAAAAACGACAAGAUAAUAUGCAAUAACAAAACGAAUACUCAAACCGCAAAGAGACACAAAACGAAUGAAAUAGUCAAGGAAAUAUUUACAUUAUGUGUUCAAGAAGAGGGUUUACAAAACGCCUUCGAGUUUUAAAACGGCCAUAUCCCCACGCGCCCGACGGCGAUAACCAAUCAAAACGGAGCUUCAGUUAUCAUCCAGAAAGACUUUGAUCAGCAGCAGCAGCAAUACUGAUAAAUAGUAUUCAUGCCAAUAAAAUAAAAAUUCACUAUC